GAGUUGAAUGUGCAAGCACUGAAACAAACCCCUGACCCCCGAAGGCUUUCUUGGUUGCAGAAUGUCAAUCAAAAACCAGGCACUGGGAAUUACAACUUGUAGCCUGACCUUUGCACUGGUUUGGGGUGGGGGGAAGGAAGCGGGGCUCAGAUUUUCUCCGGCAGGAUUCAGUUUGCCACCCCGGCCACCCACUGGGCUGAGGCACUGGCGAAGGAGAAGAGGCGAUUCCACUCCAGGCGAGGACCUACUGCAAGAUGGCGUCAAAGAAGUUGCGUGUGGCAGUGAUUGGGGCAGGAGCAGCGGGGCUGUGUGCUGCCCGCCACAUCCUCGCCUGCCCAGACGCUUUCCUUCCUCCAGUGGUGUUUGAGGCCUCUGACCAAGUGGGAGGCACCUGGGUUUACACAGAGCAGACUGGAGAAGACGCCGAGGGAUGGCCCAUCCAUUCCAGCAUGUACCGCGAUCUCAGGACCAACCUUCCCAAAGAAGUCAUGGCCUUUCCGGAUUUCCCCUUCGACCCGUCUCUGCCGUCAUUCUUGCAUCACUCAGAUGUGCUGGCCUACCUGGAAAGCUACAGGGAAGAAUCUGGCAUCCAGGACCACGUCCGGUUCCGGUGGCAAGUGGAUGAUGUUCGGCCAGUGCUUGGGGACCAGGGCUGGGAUAUCAGAGCAACUGUGAGGGGAUCGGGAUCCACACACCGUGUCUCGGAACAUUUUGAUGCUGUUAUGGUCUGUACUGGCCAUUACAGCGUCCCAUACAUACCACCCAUCCCUGGCCUGGACAGUUUUCAAGGCUGCCUUCUGCACAGUCACUCGUACCGCUGCACAGAGCCCUUUGCAGGCCUGACGGUGUUGCUGGUGGGUGCAGGCGCAUCAGGUGUUGACCUGGCCCUGCAGCUGUCUCCUGUGGCUGCUCGGGUGGUGCUGAGCCAUCACGGGCCACCUGUGUGUGGGCUGCCUGAAGAUGUCCUGCAAGUACCCCGGCUCUUGAAGGUGGCAAAGGAGACAGUGGAGUUUAGGGACGGCUCAGUGCUGCAGCCUGAUGUCUUGAUUUUCUGCACUGGCUACCGGUACUGCUUUCCCUUCUUGCCCUUGGCCCAGCUGGGCUUACAGGAGACGGAUUAUGGGGUAGGCCCCCUGCAUCGCCACUUGCUAGCCCCUCGACACCCUUCCCUGUUCUUUAUUGGCCUCUGCCAGCUAAUCUGCCCUUUCCCGCACUUCCACUGCCAGGUGCUGUUUGCACUUGCAGUGCUCCAGGGUCGCUGCCGCCUUCCUUCUGCAGCUGAGAUGGAGGCUGAUGCCCAGGAGCAACUGGAGCGAUACCUGAGGGAGGGGGGAUUGGCUCGGCACUUUCUGAAGCUCAAGGCUCAACAGUGGAGUUAUGCGAAGGAGCUGGCCCACCUGGCAGGCUUCCCACCUUUGCCACCUGCAGUCCAAGCGAUCUAUGAAGCGACACGGGCCAGACGAUGCCACAACGUGAGCACCUAUCGUGACACAAAAUACCACUUGUUAGGUCCCGACGCUUGGGAAGAGGUGCAGGAUUCUGGCACAGACCUGGAAGACAACAGAAAGGCCGAGUGAAGGUCUUCCAGUGUGGACAUUGGGACUUCUGUACGCUGUGUAGGGGAAAGAGGACUCUUUUGUGGCUUCUCCCCAAGGCCCAGCUCCAGACAUAAAGGGAGCCGGCCUGAGAAGAAUGAAGUUGGGAGAGAAAACAAUAAUAAGCCCCACAGCCUCAUAAAGGCUGACAAAUGCACUGCAGCAGCAAGCGUUUGCGUGGGCAAAAGUGUGAAACAGACAGUGCACGUGACGGAUAUAUUUAUAUAUCUCUGUGUGAGUGGGUAUGUGGAGAUCUGUUUUACCAAGUGAGUUUAAAAGAUAAAUGAACAGUUCCUGAUAACAGUGCUUUGAAGAUCAAAAUUGACAAAGCCGAUGGAAAGAUCCGAAAAAAUAGACGAUUCAGAAAUGGUUGGAAUAUAUAUGGGAACAAGUGACAGUAGACAUUUUUGGAAUAUUAUCAAAGAAUAAAACAUGGCAAGAAAAACAGGAUGAAAUAAUGAAGAUAUG